CUCGGGACCAGCUAGAGGUGCAGGGAGUAGACCAGAAUCCAACCAGAGCUUCACUUGAGGAGUCCAAUCUCUCCAGUGGCCGGGAUCAGGACCUGUUAUGGCCUGAGCAGAACCAGAAGUUGGGUCAAAGGGUGGAUCUGGAUGGAGUCUCACCUCAGCAUCAGGACCGAGCCGGGCAUCAGGGACACACCGGCUCCGACCGGGACCAGGACCCGACUACCACAGCCAAUCAGGAGCCAGGUGGCAGCCUCCCGGCGCUGGUGAUCACUCAUGCAGAGGAGACCUUGCGACCAGCAGCGACUCUGGUAGAAGCAGUGGAGCUUCAGAGACCACAGAGACCUGCAGACCUGGUGAUCUCUGUGGGGCCCUCAGAGCCCAGUCUGAGCUCCAGCAGUGACGGAGGAGACCUGGCCUGCUCCGACCUGCUGUCUCUGAAGAGCGACUCCUUGUCUCUGGCCAGUGAGCCCACCAUCUCCAGGAUGAGUGAGGACGACGACAGCACGAGUGUCACUGCAUCCUCUGUCACGUCUCUGUUCCACAGGGUUCAGAUGGAUCCACUGGAGAGGGACUGGUUGAGGAGCUCAGCACUGGGGAACAUGGCCGCUCAGCGUCAGCUGCUCUCUCAGGAGUCCAGCCUUGUGUCAAAGAAGGACUUCAUCACUGGGACGGCUCUUCACUGGGCAGCCAAGCAGGGCCGUCAGGAGGCCGUGGACUUGAUGCUUUGCUCCGGAGCCGACGUCAACGUCAGAUCGGGUUACACAGCCCUCCACCUCGCCUCCAUUCACGGCCACCAGCACGUCGUCCACGCCCUGAUCAACACCUACAGUGCUAAAACAAACAUCAGAGAUUAUCACGGGAAGAUGGCUGUCCACUACUGGAGCGGCUGCAUCGACGUCUUCAACAGACCAGACCUUCAGUCAGGUGGGAGGUUGUAUCGGGGAAGACAGACGCAGCGUCACGUCCUCCCGUCCUUGCUGCUGUCUCGUUCUCGCAGUCAGGGACAGCUCGACCUGGAGUUUGGGACGCUGCCUCAGUCUGCUUCCCACGACGUGUUGGACUUUUAGCUUCCUGUUGGACAAAAACACGAGACGUUCGUACCCUGAAGCUUCUGUACGCUCCUGAGGUUUUUGAUCUUUACUUUCAGGUUCCUGGUGCUGCAGUCCUGUGAAAAGACCCGAGUUUGUGUCCCAUACUGCCUGAUGUUCUUUGAAGUAGCAACAGAUUGAACAGAUUUCUGUGAUUGUCCUUCUCAUGUCAGCUGUAUUGUUCUUCAUGUAGAGGAGUGAAACUGCGCUUCUCUCAGGCCCACAGUCAGGUAAACAACACGGUCAGGACAGGAUAGACAAUAAACUUACAAAUAACGACAACAAGGCACAAGACAGGUUUAAAUGUCUUCCGUCUUGUUUAGAUUUCACAGUGAUGUGGGACAACAAAUCAACCAAUCGGCUGCUCGGGCGGGACAACAGCUAUUUUUUCAUUGCAGCGACAGAAUUCAACUUUAAUGACCAUACUGUAAAAACGAUGGGGACUGAGGUCAUUUGAAUGGGAUCAUGUGGGAUGUUUAAAGGUUUGAAUCCCCUCGGGAGACGUGCGUUUCAGCUUCCUGUUGGUGUGAAGCUCCAAAAGGAUCAGACUGAAUGUCCUGCUCGACUCCAUGAAGAAUCAGCUGUGAAUGUCUGACACGGUGAAACACGUCUCAGCCUCAUAAAUGUCUUCAUUAGCUUCCACUCCAUCGGCUGGCUCACAGCAUAAAGCUCAUUAUCUGCCCUAAUAAGGCAGACCAGCGCCGUUUGUGUAAAUGAUCGGCGGGAAAUGAGCGGAUUGGUGGGAGGACACACUUAACACUAAUAACAAACGCUCAGUUCAGUUAAUGUGGAAAUUAGCAAAGCACUGCGGCGAUGCAGCCCAUGUGUGACUAAAGGUCUUUGUGAGUUAAUGGGAACAUACAGUACACACAGCGAAGUGGAAAUUCAAAUGCAUCAUCAGUAGAAAGCGAGCCAGAGGCGUCGGGUCCAUCAGAGAGUCCAACACUUCAGGCGUCUGUUAGAGACGCCUGACAGCAGUAUGGACUGCAGUCCUCGCUGAUAGCGCCACCACUGGUCCAAGCUGUGAGCACACAUUUGUCACAGAAAAGACUGUAAAAUUAAUUUUUAAAUGUAAUACGAUGGUAGUAAAAUAUAAAACA